AUGUUGUUUGGCAAACGAGACCCCGAUGCUCCAAAGGAGAUUAUGAACUGGAAUCUAUAUUUUGGUAUCUUCGUGUUCGGGUUGAUGGGAGCCGCCCGUGGUUUGGACGAAGGUCUCAUCGGCACGACUGCAGAACAGAACUCAUUCAUAGACCUGUUCGGCUUGGAAGAUGAGAGUCUCAGCAAAGAGCAGCAGGCAAACUUGCUCUCGAACAUCACAUCCAUGGUACAGUUGGGGUCGAUCGGUGGAGCUCUGAUUGCUUUCUACAUCACCGACAAGAUCGGGAGGCUGUGGGCUACUCGUCAACUUUGUGCUAUUUGGAUCGCCGGAGUCGCCAUCUUCCUUGCCUCUGCAUCAAAUGGUUCCAUUGGAAUGGUCUACGCCGGACGCUUCAUCAUGGGAUUGGGAAUCGGACAGACAACCGUCGUAGCACCUUCCUACCUUGCCGAAAUCUCGCCCAAGUUCACUCGUGGAUUCGCCGUAUGCAUGUUCUCGGGAUCUGUCUAUCUUGGAAUCAUGCUCGGCUACUUUGCAUCAUGGGGUUCUUCCAUCCACAUCAGUAGCGGAAGUGAACUCCAAUGGGUUGUGCCCAACCUUCUGCACAUCUACUUCGCCUUCAUCAUCCUCACCCUCUCCUUUUUCGCUGCUGAGUCGCCUCGAUGGCUCAUCAAGGUUGGCCAGCAGGAGAAGGCGCUUACAAACCUGUCCAAGUUGAGGAAGCUCCCCACCGAGCACUGGUACGUGCAGAGCGAGAUCCUCGACAUCAACGAUCAGCUUGCAAGAGAAAGAGAGGCUACUAUGGGAACCAAAUGGUAUGGCGUGAUUCGAGAACUGGUCACAUCGCCAGCAAACCGCUACCGGCUCAUGUUGAGUGUCUUCUCACAGCUGCUUGGGCAAUGGAGUGGAGCGAAUUCGAUUACCAUCUACGCCGCGAAGUACUUUGAGAUGGUUGGACAGACCGGACAGAACRAGAAGCUCUUCGCGACGGCCAUUUUUGGCGUAGUGAAAUUUGUUUCUGCCCUCAUUUGCGCCAUCUUCCUGAUCGAUGCCGUCGGCAGGAAGCGGUCAUUGAUGACUGGUAUCACGCUUCAGUUCCUGGCAAUGCUCUACAUGGCCAUCUUCUUGGUCAUUGAUACUGGCGUGGACAACCCUGAGACGCAKACUGCUUCGCAAAAGAGUGCUGCGACUGGCGCUAUUGUUAUGAUUUACCUCAGCGGCUUUGGAUGGGCAAUGGGCUGGAACUCGGUACAAUACCUGCUCAACUCGGAGAUUUAUCCUCUUCGUCUUCGUGCCAUAGGUGGAUCAUUCGCCAUGACCUUCCAUUUCGUCAACCAGUACGGCAACAGCAAGGCCGUACCGAGCAUGUUCAUCGGCCUCACCAAUGGCGGCACCAUGUUCUUCUUCUCGUGCAUUACGCUCAUCGGGCUGGCUUGGGUCUGGUUCUUCCUCCCAGAACUCUCGGGAAAGUCUCUCGAAAGUAUCGAUGCGGUGUUCGAGCUGCCUUGGCAUGUUAUCGGUCGCAAAGGAAAGGAGCUCACAAUGGAUAUGGGUGGAGCUGUUGAGAAUUUUGGAGUCGCAAAGGGAGGCGAUGCGGAUAGGGUGGAAUAUGUGGUGGAUGCGGAUAGAAAAGCAUAA